UCUGGUGAAAUUCACAUGAUUGUGGGGCCCAUGUUUGCUGGAAAAACUUCCACUCUUCUCAGGAGGAUUAAGACCGAGAGCAGCAAUGGAAGGAAAGAUUAUAGUUUGGGAAAACAAAUCCAUUGGCAAAUGAUAGUUGUAUAUGCAACAAUAAUCAUUGGAUGUGUUCCCAAUGAAUAUCUAAAUGUUAAAUUGUUGAUUUUAUAUGCAAAGGCAGGAGAUCUUAAUCUAGCCCAUAUUCUUUUUGAUAAGUUACAAAUGAAAAGCUUGGUCUCAUGGAAUUCGAAGAUUGCAGGCUAUGUGCGGAAAGGGUUGGAAGAGGUGGGCUUGAGCAUGUUCCAUAAGAUGAGAAAAAAUGGUUUGAUACCAGACCACUAUACCUUUGCAUCAGUCUUUAGGGCUUGUGCUGCUUUAGCAAUCCUGGAACAGGGCAGGCAAGCCCAUGCUUUGUGGAUCAAGUGUCAAAUUAGUGGAAACUUUGUAGUUAAUAGUGCUCUCAUGGAUAUGUAUUUCAAGUGUAGUAGUCUCUCUGAAGGGCAUAUUGUAUUUGAAAAGUUUUUAGAUAGAAAUAUUGUUACCUGGUUGGCUUUGAUAUCUGGUUAUGGACAGCAUGGAACAGUGGUAGAGGUUAUAGAAUCCUUUCAUAGGAUGUUAGAUGAAGGUUUUAGACCCAACCACGUUACAUUUCUUGCAGUUCUUUCUGCUUGUAGCCAUGGAGGAUUGGUGGACAAUGGCUGGGAAUAUGCAUUGGAUUCAAUUGUUACUCAUGAUGGAGAAAAAUUUCCAUGCUGGCCAUUGGCAAAUCUUUCAUCAUUCAGACAAAAUUUUGCAUCGGACCAUUAUGAACAGCUAGAAGUUAUUGGUAUAGAUGAGGCACAAUUUUUUGAAGACCUUUAUGAUUUCUGCCGUGAAGCUGCUGACCACGAUGGAAAGACUCUGAUUGUUGCUGGAUUGGAUGGUGACUAUCUAAGGAGAAGUUUUGGGUCCGUGCUUCAAGUUAUACCCCUUGCGGACUCUGUAACCAAUUUAAAUGCUCGGUGUGGGCUCUGUGGUAGACAAGCUUUCUUUACAUUGAGAAAGACAGAGGAGACUGAAACAGAACUAAUCGCUGGGGCUGAAGUGUACAUGCCCGUUGUCGAAAACACUAUGUGAGUGGACAAGUGGUCAAAGAAGCUGCAAAGACACUGUUAGAAUCUCAAAGGGUUCAAUGUGGUGCAGUUGUGUAGUUGUGUACAACAUCAUAGGAAA